ACCAUCACAUCACGUGUGCCAACAUUUUACAAGAGUUUGCAGCGGAAUUGCCUCAUGAAGCAUUAAAUAAUGAAGACACAUUAUAUCCACAAAUGAGCAGGGAGACCAUGAUUCUGUUGAAAGUGAAGGCGGUCAUUGGGGUAAGGUUAAGCAUCGCGCUGAGUCAGGCCCCGUCCACAAGGGGAAUGGAGUUGCAUUAGCAAAAAUUCAGUGUAGACCUUUUUAUCCCCAUGAAGUGAACUGGCAUUUUUUUUUUAACUAGACCUCGACCUAGAUGGAUUUAAAACUGAAAUUGCAGCUACACGACAACUGUGGACUCCAAAGCAGUGCUCUUUCUGCGGCAUCUGCUGAUCUUCAAUUGUUGGUAGUGAUGGGCUGAUGAGGCUUCAUGAAACACUGCCUUUAUUUUCAGACCUCAGCAGGUGGAGCUCUCAGGUCAAAAAUGAUGUGAAGUGUCAGUGAAAUUGUUGUUCUAGAACAAGGGUUUUAGAGCAGAGAGUGCCAUCUACUGGAGUCAUCUGAAAAUAAGGGCACUGUUUCGAGAACCCUCAUAAGCCCAUCAGUAACUCAGAAACAAGCAGUCAUGGCUUGCAAGAUGCCAAAGAGGUGCCUUUUGGAAGGCAAUGAUGUGGCAGAACCAGAAUCAAAGAACUUGACUCAAAUCCUCCUUUGCCAAUGUCUUCCUUUCUGAAUACAGUGUCUACUAUGUAUUUGUGUGCAUGUGCCAGGCUUUCGUCUUUGUUACAGUGGAGCAUUCCGAUGCCAUAUACAGGCCUGGCAUGUGUACUGCACAUUUUCGCUUGCUAGUGUAGACACUUGAACGUCUGCUUUUUUUUUGCUUUUUUUAAUUAUACCAAAAUUUCGAAAACAUCAGAAAGCAAGUAUUUUUGUUGUUUCAAAAAUCUUUGUAACUGAAACCUGAAAAAAAAUGUGCGUCUAGUGACUGAGAUUCCUUUACAUGGAGCACUAAAGUUGUCACCAUGAAUGAGGCUGCUAUUAAAUAAUACAAUUUCAGGGUUCCUGACCUAAAGUUAAAAUAGAAACAAGGCAGCAGUUUCAGUUUCCAAACAGUACUGCCACUGUUCCAUGCUUUUGAGGAACUAAGAGGCCAGUGCUGCUUCUCUCUGGACUGGGGUGAACCAGAGCUGCUGUUGCUAAUGCACAGGUAAUCCCUGAACAUUACAUAUUGACAAUAAUGGGCUCUUGACUGUGCUCGAGCCCUGUGACUCAUCACUACAUAAAUAAUUCUCAGGUAUUUUAGACGAUGACUCAGACGACAGAGCUCAGAUGGAAUACAAUUUUUGAAAAUCCCUUAUUUAGCACUCCGUGCCACUUUGGCUCACUUGCUUGAGAGGAGGGCUCCAAAAACAUCAGAUCCAUCACGCUAUCCUCUUGUGUGACUGCUUGUGUAUCUCUCCUCUGACUUGUCUGCUGAGACAGCUCGCUGAAGGACCAAGUGCUCUGCCUAUUAAAUCAAAUAGUUUGUUUAAUCUUGGUCCAAAAAAUAGAUCUAAAAAUGCCCACCAUAUAGACAAAAUACAUAUUUUGAUGUUCCUUUUCUUAUUAUUACCGACACCAUUGUGUUUUAUAGCCAUCCAGAUAACCUCUCAUUUCUCUCAGAAUCAUAACUCUUAAGACUGUGCUAUCUUGGAUCACAAAGUGAUGUUCAAGAACAUAAACAAAUAGCUCUGUUAUCCAAGGGAGAACUAUUCUUGGCAAUUGUGGCAGUAGUGAGACCUGACAUGAUCUAUAGUUUAGAGACAGUAGCUUUGACAGAGAGUCAGGAACCAGAGUUGUAGUGACAUUGGGCUUCAUUGAGAGUGUCAGGAAACAAAACAAGAAAUGAGUCUCCCAGAGUGAGAGCUUUUGUUUUGGAGGCCACAGACUGUUGUUUGGAUGCAUGGAGAUCUGGUGUUUGCUGGACAAAGAAUGCUUAUGAUUGAGCUACUCAACAGAUGAUUUGGAAGACAACCAUUGUGGCUCAAUGACAUAAAAGGACAGGGGUUGCAAGGGAGGAUAGCUAAGAUUAGUGAUGGGUCGAUGGGGUGUCAUGAAACAGUAUUGCAGGGUUGAUGAUACAGUGUCCUAAUUUUCAGCGUAGACGACGCUCUUGGCAAAUCCAAACAUUAUCCAGCAGACAGUGCCACCUGGUGGCCACUGAAAAUCAGGAAAAUCAACCCUUCAAUACUGUGACAUGAAGCCUCAUCUACACAUCAGUUGGUGAUAUCAAUCUAGUGUGAUACACUGGCACUAACAUUAUGAAAGGUAAACACAGGGAUUGUUGGUGAAACAGACGUGCAAGAAAGAUGGUGGUGUCAAUGUCCAAAAUGGACUCCGCCUUGAUGAGUCAUCUGAGAGAUACUCAGAGGACAACGACUGGUCCACCACAUCAAGAGAAGACUUGGGGCUUAUUAUUUGUGUAAGAGACGCAGUAGACUGUGGUAUUCCCUCAUACUUCUUAGGGGAAGUCUUGCCCUCUAUGGCCCCAUGAACCGACCUCACUUAAGCAGUGGAAGAGGGAUGGAUGAGUUAGACUGGAGUCAGCAACCAAAGUGUUCCAUUUCCAUAACACAUGGAAUACUAAACUCAAUAAAAGCUCCGUGCAGUUAUUUCUUCAGAGCUAAUUAUUUAGUAUAAUUACCUUUUCAGAAUGGGGUUAAGCUAGAAUCUCCCUGUUCAUUUGGUGGAAACCUAUUUGGUUAUUUUGGAUUAUCUGGAUUAUCCGUGCUUGUUAAUAACAAUUCCUUUUUUCAGCGAUUAACAGUCCCAGUGCGUGCACUGACAGCUAGAUGGAGUUUACCAUCCUUUCCCAUUCUGUGCCAGGGUCUUUGCUUUGUCUCAUUGCAGUAAAGUGAUCCUAAAGUUCAUCAAUAAGACCAAGACGAGGUUACGAUAUCCGUGGACGGGAUUCUGACCACCACAGGGUAUACACAGGAAGACUACACCAUGCUAGGUUCUGAUGACUUUUUCUACGUUGGAGGGAGUCCUAGCACCGCUGACCUGCCCGGAUCUCCAGUUAGCAACAACUUCAUGGGCUGCCUGAAGGAGGUGGUGUAUAAAAACAACGAUGUGCGACUGGAGCUCUCCAGACUGGCCAAGCAAGGGGACCCCAAGAUGAAGGUUCAUGGGACCAUCGCAUUCAAAUGUGAAAACGUAGCCACUCUGGACCCCAUCACUUUUGAGACCCCUGAGUCAUUUAUCGUUCUUAACAAGUGGAACGCCAAAAAGACUGGUUCCAUCUCCUUCGACUUCCGCACCACGGAGCCGAACGGCCUGCUCCUCUUCAGCCACGGCAAACCCAAACAACAGCCCAAAGACUCCAAGAGUCCCCAAGCUCUCAAGGUGGACUUUUUUGCCAUCGAGAUGCUGGAUGGCCACUUGUAUCUCCUGCUGGAUAUGGGCUCUGGAACCACCAAGACCAGGGCUGUGAACAAGAAGGUCAAUGACGGAGAGUGGUACCACGUGGAUUUCCAGCGGGACGGCAGAUCAGGCACCAUCUCCAUCAACACCCUGCGCACCGCCUAUACAGCACCAGGGGAAAGUGAGAUCCUCGACUUGGAUGAUAACCUGUACCUUGGGGGUUUGCCAGAGAACAAAAUGGGCCUGGUCUUUCCCACCGAGGUGUGGACCGCUCUCCUCAACUACGGCUACGUUGGCUGCAUUCGGGAUCUUUUUAUUGACGGACAGAGUAAGGACGUACGGCGCCUGGCUGAAGUCCAGAAAGCAGCCGGGGUCAAGCCCUCUUGCUCCAAAGAACCACCCAAGCAGUGUUUGAGUAACCCCUGCCAAAACAAUGGAAUCUGUCGGGAGGGAUGGAACCGCUACGUUUGUGACUGCUCAGGGACUGGAUACCUGGGACGCUCCUGCGAGAGAGAGGCUACGAUCCUCAGCUACGAUGGCAGCAAGUUUAUGAAGGUCCAGCUGCCAGUGGUGAUGCACACAGAAGCUGAAGAUGUGUCUCUGCGGUUCCGCUCCCAACGGGCCUAUGGCAUCCUUAUCACCACCACGUCCCGCGACUCCGCUGACACCCUCCGUCUCGAGCUGGAGAGUGGACGCGUCCGCCUCACUGUCAAUUUAGAUUGUAUCAGGAUUAACUGUACCUCCAGCAAAGGUCCAGAAACUAUUUUUGCUGGUCAGAAUCUAAACGAUAAUGAGUGGCACACGGUGCGAGUGUUCAGGAGGGGGAAGAGUUUGAAACUGACCGUUGACGAUCUGCCAUCUGUGGAAGGUCAAAUGGCAGGUGACCACACCCAACUGGAGUUCCAUAACAUUGAGACAGGCAUCGUGACUGAGAAGCGCUUCAUGUCCAUGGUUCCGUCCAAUUACAUCGGCCACCUGCAGAGCCUCUCCUUCAACGGCAUGGCCUACAUAGACCUCUGUAAAAAUGGUGACAUUGACUACUGCGAGCUUAACGCCAUGAUCGGCUACAAGAACAUCAUCGCCGACCCCGUCACCUUCAAGUCGCGCGCCAGUUACGUGACGCUCACCACCCUGCAGGCGUACUACUCCAUGCACCUUUUCUUUCAGUUCAAAACCACGUCAUCCGACGGGCUCAUCCUCUACAACAGUGGGGAUGGGAAUGACUUCAUCGUGGUGGAGCUGGUGAAAGGGUACCUGCACUAUGUGUCCGACCUCGGCAACGGAGCCCAUUUGAUCAAGGGAAACUCCAACAAGCCUUUAAACGACAACCACUGGCACAACGUCAUCAUCUCCAGAGACACCAACAACCUUCACACAGUCAAGAUCGACACCAAGGUCACCACCCAGACCACCACCGGAGCGAAAAACCUGGACCUCAAAGGAAACCUCUACAUUGGUGGUGUGGCUAAGGAAAUGUUCAAGGAGCUUCCCAAACUUGUCCAUGCCAAAGAAGGAUUCCAGGGUUGUCUGGCGUCGGUGGAUCUGAACGGCCGACUCCCAGACUUGAUGUCGGACGCUCUGGACUGUGUAGGGCAGAUAGAAAGAGGAUGUGAAGGCCCGAGCACCACAUGCCAGGAGGACUCCUGCGCCAACCAGGGGGUGUGUCUUCAGCAGUGGGAGGGCUUCAGCUGCGACUGUAGCAUGACCACAUACGGGGGACCGCUGUGCAAUGACGCGGGGACGAUGUACAUUUUUGGCAGAGAUGGCGGACUGAUCACGUACACAUGGCCUCCCAAUGACCGACCCAGCACACGAGCAGACCGGCUAGCCAUCGGCUUCAGCACACACCUGAAGGACGCCGUCCUGGUGAGGGUGGAUAGCUCCUCGGGUCUUGGGGACUUCUUGAAACUCCACAUCGAAAAGGGAAAUAUUGCUGUUGUAUUCAACGUAGGAACCGACGACAUUAACAUAGAGGAGACGUCAAAGUUUGUAAAUGAUGGAAAGUACCAUAUAGUGAAGUUUACGAGGAGUGGCGGUAAUGCCACUCUGCAGGUGGAUGACCUGCCAGUCAUUGAGCGCUACCCUACAGGCAACAAUGAUAACGAACGCCUGGCGAUUGCUAGACAGCGAAUCCCAUACCGACUCGGUCGAGUAGUUGACGAAUGGCUACUCGACAAAGGGCGCCAGCUCACGAUCUUCAACAGCCAAACGACUAUACAGAUCGGAGGCUGGGAGCGCGACCGGAGUCGUUCGUUUCAGGGCCAGCUUUCUGGCCUCUACUAUAAUGGCUUGAAGGUGUUCAACAUGGCUGCUGAGGGGGAUCCCAACAUAAAAGUCCAGGGAAGUGUGCGGCUAGUGGGGGACUCGCCGUCUUCUAUCACGCCUCAGUCGAGCACCACGGCCAACCGCUCCGAGACCUCCACAUCCAUCAUGGAGAUCACCACCACCACCACCGCUUCCAGCAGACGUGUCAAACAAACAACUCCACGAGAGCCUCAGCAGACGACGGACGACUUGCUUGUGGCAUCGGCGGAGUGUCCGAGUGAUGAUGAAGACAUUGAUCCCUGUGAGCCGAGCUCAGGUGGGUUAGCAAACCCUACUGGAGUUGGACCCAAAGGUCACCCAGGAACUUCCGAGGUGUUCCGGGAGUCUAGCAGCACCACAGGAAUGGUGGUGGGCAUCGUGGCCGCAGCCGCGCUUUGUAUCCUCAUCCUGCUGUACGCCAUGUACAAGUAUCGAAACAGAGACGAAGGCUCCUACCAUGUGGAUGAGAGCCGCAACUACAUCAGCAACUCAGCACAGUCGAACGGCACGGUGGUGAAAGAGAAACCAGUCAACACGGCAAAGACCUCGAGCAAGGGGAAGAAGAACAAGGACAAGGAAUAUUACGUGUGAUUGUCGAAGUAUCGGUCUUCGCUGGACCAACUUGAACUUUUUAUUAAAUGACAAAUCAGGACAAUUGUGUGUACAGUAUAAUAACAAACCUUGUUUAGUCAUUUCCUUUUUUAAAAAAAGAAGCUACAAAUGAAAAAUGGACUUUCUUGAGACUGGACAAGAGAGACUGGCGGUUGGAUGAGCCCCUAUGAAGAUGAGCAAACGCACAGGACAGCCGUCCUGCGAGAGAGUAUGUUCCUGGCACACACCGGAGCACAGAUGCAAACGUACAUCAACAUUGAAAACUCAAUGGUUUUAUUUAUGUUGCCUGUGUCUGUGCGGUUAAACCCUUUUUUUUCUAGAAAAAAAAAAAAAAUGACGGAGCAUUGAUAACAACAUGCCAAACAUUUACAAUGAAGUUAAAUAAAAGGAGAACAGACUAUGAAAAACCCGAUGGAAAUCCAAGGAACCAGCCAAAGCACUCACCCUGGAGGCAAAAGACGAACACAGCUGGCGGACAGAGCAGCUUUUGUGCAAUGAUUUUUGAUCGAAGACAUUAUUGAGAUGAUGAGCGAGUCCUACGUGCCAGUACGAAAUCUGGAGGCCUUCAAUUUCACAUGGACUGGAAGAGCAGAGUUUACUGAAGAUUCUGAGGAUGACUGGAGUGUCAGGAGCCAUGCACGCGGAAAUAUCUUAUAACAGUACAUAUGUUUAUAAACAGUAAGACCACAUCUAUAUGUGUUUUCUGGACUGUGAAAAAGUGGUGUUUUAUAGCCUGUUGUAUAAAAGAUGCAAACUAUACCUGCUCCUCAAACGUUUUGGAAUAAAACUCUAAAAGGACAAAAAGAAGACAUAUGUGUUACUAAGUGUUGCUAGGCAUAGAUUUUAUGAACACAUCUGCAUUUUUUCUUUACUUCUGAAAACUUGAGUCCCCUGUUUUUACAUGUGUUAGUUUUCAUACAAGGGCCAUCCCAAUAUAGAUGAGACCAGACGUAGCCUAACCUUGAUUCCAAACAAACCGGCACCGGUACGCAGCUCGGCAUGAGGACGUGUGAGGAUUUCUUUUUUUUUUUAAAAACUGCCUUUCUCAUCGUGAGUGACGACCAAAGUAGGAGAGGAGGUGAACAAAGACUACCACCACUGUCAGAUGUGUAAUGUGGCUGAUGUAAAACUGGAGAGAAGCGGCUCAAAAGGACUCCAUUUCAACUGUUCUGUGUUUGUUCCGUCAUCCUGUCAGUCAAUUCUGCUUUCCGGAGAACUGUACUUGGAAUGAGUAUGAGGAAAAUGACCAUAAACUAUAAAUAAUGAUUACAAAUCUUCACUG